AUGAAUGCUGCAAUAUCGUCAGUAAUCUUCCUCGUUGGACUCUUUACCAUUCGUUCUUCGCAGAUUGAUUUGAGCGAAUGCCUAAAAAGUAAGGUUUGCAUAUUUGUUUCGGCACAAUGUGAAGAGAAAAGAGAUUGUGAAAAAAUCAUUAGUUAUGCAGUACAACCAGAUGACUGGGUGGUUGUAGAACUAUUUUACAACACGACACAUCCGGACACUAAUUAUGCAGCAAUUGGUUUCUCUGAAGACACUCAGAUGGGCAACGAAGGUGUAACUCACUGUGGUCUGAGUGGAAUUAAUCAAGCGGGUGUAUUCCUGUCUCAGAAUGAUGGUAAACGUAAUAUACCGCUGAAUUUAACGACAGAGAAUGUUGCAAAAUACGUGGAGUUGUUAGAAAUCAAUCAUACAUCUAGUUCAAUUUACUGCAAAUUCCGACAAAAGAUUACGCCAGAUAAAACAGCUCAAAAGGCUUAUGUACCAGAUCUAAACCGUACUUAUUAUUUGCUUUUAGCAUAUGGGAAAACUAGUAAUUAUGAAGAGAUGGAUAUUCACUCACUGGAUGAGCGCUCCAAGGAUUUUCCGCUCUUUAUUUCAACACCGGUAAAUCUUGCUUCAUGGGAAAAACUACCACUGAGACCGAUUAAGCCACGAACGAAUCGUAAAUUAGUUCUCCUACAUGGGAUUCUAAUGCUUGUAGGGUGGAUGUCGUUGAUUCCUUCAGGCAUUGCAGCAGCACGAUAUCUUCGGGAGCAUUGGCCUGAAACUAAGCCAUUUGGUUUGAAGAUAUGGUUUCAUAUACAUCGUACGAUGAACUACCUGGCAGUCAUUCUUGUUAUUGUCGGUGUUUUGUCAGUAUUCAUUGGAAAAGAGUGGCGAUGGACCGGACCGUCAAUCAGUAAAACUAUUCAACGAAAUUUUUCUGCUGGGUCGUUUCAUUCCAUUAUCGGUGCUAUAGCAACCGGUAUAAUGUUGAUCCAACCAGUGGGUGCAUUGUUGCGCUGUGAUGAAGAGUCGAAAUUUCGCACCGUAUUUAAUUGGUUGCAUCGUAUCUUUGGCUUUCUAUCUUUCUUACUGGCUCAGAUUGCAAUCAUUUUGAGCGUCAUUUUUUUCCGCCUCUGGAUCGCCAGGUGGGCUGCCAUUGUUCUCUAUGUACUUUAUCUUAUUCUGAUAGCAUUUCUGCUUUUUCUUAUGAAGAAAACAAAUUCCCUAAAAAGGCAACAAAAUACAUCAGUUACCUAUGCUGGACGAUAUUAUCACGAGGAACAAAUUGUUAUAACAAAAUCGAAGCACGACAGCAAGGCAAAUAGACUAACGGCACUAGUUGUACUGGCAUUCACCGCAAUGAGCACGCUAAUUACUAUUGCAAUGAUGGCACUGAUCUUAGCUUCAAUGUGA